CGGCGCCGCAGGAGGGCAGGCGGGGAGGGAGGGACGGAGGCGGGCCGGAAAGUUUGUCCGGCUGCUGCUGCCGAGGCGGGGACUCGGCGGGGGAGAUGCACGCCCAGUCCCCCAGCGCCCCCCGCUCUCCUCGGGAGCCCUGGUCGCCAUGGGCCGACCUUCACUCCUCCUGCCCCUGUGUGCCUCGGUGUCCUUGCUGGGUGGCCUGACCUUUGGCUAUGAACUGGCAGUCAUAUCGGGUGCCCUGCUGCCGCUGCAGCUUGAUUUCGGGCUGAGCUGCUCGCAGCAGGAGCUCCUGGUGGGCAGCCUGCUCCUGGGGGCUCUCCUCGCCUCUCUGGUAGGCGGCUGCCUCAUCGACCGCUAUGGCCGGAAGCAAGCCAUCCUGGGGAGCAACUUGGUGCUGUUGGCAGGCAGCCUGAGCCUGGGCCUGGCCGGCUCCCUGGCCUGGCUGCUCCUGGGCCGCUCGGUGGCUGGCUUUGCCAUCUCCCUCUCCUCCAUGGCCUGCUGCAUCCACGUGUCCGAGCUGGCGGGCCCUCGGCAGCGGGGAGUGUUGGUGUCCCUCUACGAGGCAGGCAUCACCGUGGGCGUCCUGCUCUCCUACGCGCUCAACUACGCGCUGGCCGGCGCCCCCAGGGGAUGGAGGCAUAUGUUUGGCUGGGCCGCUGCGCCCGCUCUCCUGCAGUCUCUCAGCCUCCUCUUCCUGCCCGCUGGUACAGUCAGGGCUGCAGCCCGCAAGGACCUCAUCCCGCUGCAGGGAGGCGAGGCCACGAAGCUGGACCCCGGGAGGCCGAGAUACGCCUUUGUGGACCUCUUCAGGGCCCGCGAUAACAUGCGGGGCCGGACCGUCGUGGGGCUGGGGCUGGUGCUUUUCCAGCAGCUGACCGGGCAGCCCAACGUGCUCGCCUACGCCUCCACCAUCUUCCGGUCGGUCGGCUUCCGGGGAGGCUCCUCCGCUGUGCUGGCCUCCGUGGGGCUCGGUGCGGUGAAGGUGGCGGCUACCCUGACGGCCAUGGGGCUGGUGGAUCGAGCCGGCCGCAGGGCUCUGCUGCUCGCCGGCUCUGCCCUCAUGGCCCUGUCGGUCAGCGGCCUCGGCCUCGUCAGCUUUGCUGUGCCCCUGCACUCGGGCCCGGCUUGCCUGGCCGUGCCCAACGCCACCAGGCUGUCGGGGCUCCCUGGAGACCCCAGCCUGCCCAGGGGCUUGGCUCCACCUCUGCCGCCCACGACCAACCAGAGCCCCAGGCGGCCAAUCUUGUCAACCUCUGAGAGGACCAGGCCUCCUCCGGGAGCCGAGGACCCUACAGCCCUAAGCCUCACUCCCCCUGGAGGCCUUUCGCCCGCCCCCGAGCACGCCCUGCUGCACUGGACCGCGCUGGUCUGCAUGAUGGUCUUUGUGAGCGCCUUCUCCAUUGGCUUUGGACCCGUGACCUGGCUUGUCCUCAGCGAGAUUUACCCCGUGGAGAUCCGAGGGAGGGCCUUUGCCUUCUGCAACAGCUUCAACUGGGCCGCCAACCUCUUCAUCAGCCUCUCCUUCCUCGACCUCAUCGGUGCCAUUGGCUUGUCCUGGACCUUCCUGCUGUACGGGCUGACCGCUGUCUUCGGCCUGGGCUUCAUCUAUUUAUUUGUCCCGGAAACAAAAGGCCAGUCGUUGGCAGACAUAGACCAGCAAUUCCAGAAGAGAUGGAGGGUCAGUCUGGCUGUGAUGGGGAGAUCUGGCUGUAGGGCGCACAGGUGGACCCAGGAAGACCAGGGGGAACAGCUGGGCCGUUCGGAAGAUGGAAAUGCACAUUAAGGCAGAAAGCAGGAAGGGCCAGGUUCCCCCUGAGCUUUGGCCAUAGGCAGAGCUCGGCUGGCGUCCAGUAUAGUCGUAUCGAGGUCUCCGCAGCCUCCUGAGGGGGUCCAUCUGGAAGAUGCUGGAACCAUGGCUUUAACAGACAGUCUUCAGCUUCCUGCUUGCCUGGGCCCCGGAACACAGGGCUAGAUGGUCCUUCAAGACUCGCCCUUGCUACAGAAGAGGUCUGUUUUGCUGGGGCAAAAGGGUUGAAAGUCUGAGAGCUGCACAGUCUUCAUUUUGAGCCUCAGGUUCAGAGGGUUCCUGAGGUUCUGCCUCUUUGCCUCAGUUUCGCCACUGACUCUGCACAUCUCUGCAGUAAUGAAAUGAUGAGAGCAUCUCACUGUGACUCUAUUGCUCUGUGGGCUUUCUCAAGCAGGAAGUCACUCCUGGGAUCACCCCUAAAUCCAGCAAAGAAUACCAUAUUAUCUGCUCUCUUUCUCCAUCUGGUUGGGACUUUUGGGGGGGAACACCUGCUUUUUGGUACUCAGAUCUCAUUAUGUUCAACCCCUCCAAUUCCCUUGCCCAGAAUACUUGUCAUUCACCAGCGACUCAGAUGGUUGGUAGGAGGCUUGAGUUCUAGCCCUGACUGCAGCUCUUCCUGCUGUCUGACCGUGGGCCUCAGCUUCCCUUGUGUAUACAACGGGGGAUCUGAACCAGGCAGUUCUUAAGGUCUCUUCAGAAGCCAAUGAGUCGGAAUUUUCAAUGCCGGCACUACCAUGGAUAAUCAGCAUGGGCCCUGCUUUCAAGUUGCUAGUCAUCCCUUUAGGGGAGAUAAGUUUUAAUUAGGGGAAAGGUGAAGAAUUCCAGAGUUGUGUGCCCUGAAAUCCAAGGGCCAUCACAGUGCAGGUCAUGUGCUCCAGGAGCAGUUUCCAGGAUGGCACAGGAGGACUUUGCAGAAAGGAGAUAGGUCUGAAAGCUAACAAACCUGGUUGUCGGUGUGGCCUCCACCUCUUGGCAGCUACUGACCUUGAAUAAGUAACAAUUCCCUCAAGCCUCAGUUUGCAUAUCUGUAGAAAGGAGUUGACUUUCCCCCUAGGGGUGUAUUUAACUUCUGUCUCCCAUCAGGAGCGUCUUCAACUAGUCCCAUUCAGCUUGUCAGGAUGGAUGGGGUUUCUCUUUACCCUCAAUACCUAGGUCCCCACUUUUGGGACAUUGUAAAGGGGUCACCCCCGCACUGCCCCAGGCCAAAAGGGUUGAGUCAAAUGGAGACAGAGCUAAUAGCUCCACCCCACAGGACUCUGGCCCCUCCCGAGUCCUCCUCUCCUCUCAUUUCUCAAUACUUCCUUUAGAGCACUGAAGCUGGCUUAUGCUGGCUUGUGAAAGCUGGUUGUUAAAUUUUCAGACUUUUGCAAGCUCUUAUUAAGCGCAGUUGCUAAAAAAUUAAAUUAUUUAAAUUUAUACUUAAGUAAAUUAUCUUUAAAAGCAAGGUAAUGUAUACUCUAAGCGCAUCACUUCCUUAUUUUACUGCAUUUUGCUUUUGUCUGUGCUCUUAAGGUGAUGUACAGCUAUUGUAUCCCAGGAGGAGCAUGGGGGAGGGGCACGGCCCACCCCUUGCCGAUUCUGCGUUCAGUGAUGUCAUGUUGGUCACCUGAGAUGUCCACGGGGAGUGUCUUUGCAUCAGAGAGACUGAGGAACAUGAUAGAUCGGGGCUUGAUGUAUUGUUUUGUUGAUUUUCCAGUCUCAACAAUGUGAUGGAUGAAAUGUUAAUAAUGUAAGUUAAACUUAACAAUUUCUCCUGUC